AUGGCCUGGCUGGAGGAGGUCAAGAGGGUGACCUCUGAGGCAGACGGCGCUCCUGCUCACAACCGCAAGGCUAAGAAGAUUGGGCACAACAGCAAGCUCGGCUUCGAUGCAGUGAAACUCUUUCCAACCCACAACCUUUUUGUUUUCCGCGACAAGAUGGGGAAGAAACUGUGCAGGCCAUUGAGGUCCUUGUGA